AUGUCAGUAACAAGUGAUCUAUUCUAUAAUAAUUGUCUUUAUCAAUUGCUCACUAAAAACUCAGUUUAUACGGAAGAUCUUCUACAAGAACUUAAUUCGAUACUUCACGAACAACCAGAAUUAGCUCGACUAUGCCAUCCAAUUGAAGGUUCUUACUUUCAUGUUAUAUGUCGAAAUUCCAAUGAACAAGAAAAUGUUUCUCAUCGAAUGAUUUAUGCAUUGAGUAAUGCCGGUGCCAAUCCGAAUUUCACAAACGAAAAAGGCAAUACACCUUUACAUGAAGUACUUAUACGUGGCUUCGCAAAUAUUGGACUUGAUCUUGUUCAGGCUCUAUUCCGUGUGGGAGUUGAUCAACGUAUUUUGAAUAAACAAGAAAAAGCAGCAUACACUUAUCUUGAAGAUCAAUCACAACUGAUUGCACUGUACGAUGGUUACGGGCAAGGAAUAUGGACAGCAAUCGAAACAAAUAAUAUUCAAGAAACGGAACGAUUGAUGAAAGGCUUUAUAAAAGUCAAUUGUAAACAUGAGAACAACGAAACACUAUUGGACAAAGCUCGCGCCGGUAAAUGUACUGAUAUAGUUCGUAUUCUCGCCGACUAUCAAGUUACUAUUGAAUUCGUUCAUUCAAUUCUUGCAUGUGAUUGGGAUAGAGUAUCACUUAUACAUCAAUAUGAAGGUCAAUUUAUAAAAAUGAAUAUAUCCGAUUCUCUUCAUACACUAACAUGGGUACGAACAGGAAAUCGAACAUACUCAAAGCCUAUACUUGAAUUUUGUCUCGAUACAAAAUCAUUAGCACCAUUUGAAACUAUAUUUAAUUCAUCAAUAUUGAAAUCUAAAAUUGAUGUUAAUGUAUUCUGUACUAAUGGUUUACCAUUUUUCUUUCAUAUGUUUGCUAAAUGUAUUUCAAGUGAUAUUCAACAAUCUAUUUUCUCAAAUGCAAAUUUUAAUUUAAAGUCUUCAAAAGGUGAAACAUUUUUAGUUCGACUUAUUCAUUUAUACGAUGAAUAUGAAAAUAAAGAAUAUUUAAAUGUAUUUGAUCAAAUACUAAAUAAACAACCCUUACUUCUUUCACAACGUGAUGAACACGGAAGAACAGUUGUGGAUCAUAUUGAAUUAACAUCAUCAUUAUCUUAUCAUAAGUUGAGUAUAUUCUAUGAGAAAAUCAAGGAAAUACUUAUGAAUCAAAUUAAAAACGAUACUAUCAUUGAACGUUUCAUAUUAAACAGUUUCGGUUAUCAUUUAUUAUUAUUUUUUAAUGAUGAAAAUGCACCAUUGACAAGAUCAGCCAAUGAUUUGUUACGUUCAUUAAAAUUACGGCAAGGUUUACCAGCAUUAAUGUUUAAUUUAUCACAAGCUAUAGAAGAGAAUGAUUUAGUCAAAAUACAAAGUAUUUUUAAAACUAAAUCGAAUAUUUAUUUUGCGAAAGAUUGGUCUGGAAGAACAUGUGCCCAUUUAGCAGUACUUUAUCAACGUCGGCAAAUUUUAGCUUUUCUCUAUGAAAAGUGUCAUACUGUUUUGGACCUAACAGAUAAUCUUGAUCGUACACCACUACAUUACGCAUGUAUAAUGAAUGAUGAAGCCACCAUCGCUAUCCUCGAAAAAGCAUCUGCAAAACAAACGAUAGAUUGCUUUAAUUUAUUUCCAAAUGAUUAUAAAACUAAGCGUAGUUUAUGUUGCGAAGAAUUUUAUGCUCAAGAUUUUCCUAAAAAGGAACUUGAAAAAUGUGUGCCCGGUUUAAGUGAUUAUUUAAAAUUAUCAUUUUAUUUCCCAUUAAAAAAAUCCAUUGAAGAAAACUCUAUUGAGAGUAUUAAAUUAAUUAAUAGUGAAAUCAAUACGAUGGGUUUCUAUCUUGAAGAUUUCAAUCCCAAUUCAUAUGCAAAUGAUUGGUUAAAAGGUGAACGUUAUAUUCCAUUAUUAUUUGUUGCACUGGAACUUCGUUCAAUCUCGUUAAUUCAAUGUUUAAUGGAAUUAGGUUUACCGCUGACGGGUCGAAUGUAUAUAUCGAAGGCAGUAAAUAUGAAGAAUUCUCGAUGUGUUUCGUUUCGAACAUUGGCCGAAGAACUCGAAUGUUUUGAUAUUAUUGAAAUGAUGAAUGAUUUAGAAGAUGAUAGUGAAUUAAAAACUCUUUUUAAAAGUCACUUAUCAUCUGCUGAAACAAAUCGUAGACAACCGUCGAUUAAUUCAGAGCAACAAUUGAAAAGAAAAAAGAUGCCAGCACACGUAUCAAAUGUGAAUAAACAAAAUAUUAAAGAUAACAGUCAUCGCUCAGAAACUUGUAUUCUAUUGUAA